CAGUUAUUGGAGCAACAGGGGCACUGACUCGCAAACCUUUCUGAGCGUCACAUCAUGGCACUCAUGGAUUACCCAACUUUGGCUUUUUCUUUUGACCAACGAUCAUCCAUCUAGCUAACGGACAGCUAUGCGUCUAGAAUGCUACUUUAGUAACUACAAGGCCACCAGCUAUUUCAGAUAGUGUGUGAAAAGUGUGAAGGUUGCAUUUUUAUACAGUGGAGUAUUUGAGGUCAUGGGGAACUCAGAGAGUGUUUGGUGGAUUGUGGUGGAGUGCGCCUGCAGGAUCCUUGGUGUUUCCACAGCAACAGUGCUGUGUGCUGUGGGCGCGGAGACCCUACAACAGGGAGAAUUCAACAGCCUCGGCAUCUACCUGGUGGUUUCAUCUAUUGGCAUCAUGAUGUUUGAGCUGGCCUAUUUCCUGGACAUGCUUCUGAUCAUGUGUCUGCCCUGUCCUCCAGACUGGCAGCUGUUUGUGCUGUGGGGGAAGAUGGCUCGCAUCGGAGGCUUCCAUAAGUUCCUCUAUUACUCCAUUAUGUCAGUGGUCUGCUUCCUGCACCCUGUGUUGGUGUGGCAUGCAAUUAUCCCAGGGAUCAUGCUUCUGGUGACGGCCGUUUUCAACUUCAUACUAAGCAAGAAAACAAAGAUCAAAUCGCUCAAAAGGCCGCAGGAGAGCCACAGCGACCAAGGCCCGACCACUGUCUGUGUGACAGAAGGGACAGCCUCAAACAGCACCGCCUCAUUCUUCCACAUGACAAUGGGAAGGAGAGGUGGGGGACUGGCUCUAACAUCCAGAGACCGCUGCCUCAGCCCGGGAGAGAGAGGAGAGAGCGUCCAGGCCAUGCUGGAGCUGGAGCAGACAGCAGCACCUAAAGGCACAGACAGGGAGAGGAGGAGGUGGAAAGAAAGGAGACUGAUAAGCUUGAGAAAUAGGGAGGAGCCUGUGGAGAGAGAGAUGGAGGAGAUGGAGGGCUACAGUGAGCCAGAGCCAGACACCACCUCAGACACUGCGCCUAUGAUUACUGACUGAAUGUCCCUCUGCUCUCAGACUGAGCUCCUUCCUGAUAUCACACAAAGGAAAGUAUGUGUAUUGUAUUCAUACUGACUGAGUGCAAUGAGCUGGUGCUACACUGUUAGCUGACAAUAACAUUUUAAAAUUGCUUUUGAGCAUUUUGGAGUGUUCAAUGUGUAAUUUAUGUAAUUAGACAACUAAAAUAUGAAGAUUAUUAGAUUUUUUUAUUAAAUGUUCCACUAAUUUGUAUAUUUUUUAUUUCAAACAUUUAAUUUUUAAGCACUUUGAUCUGCAGAUGCACAAAUUCAAAAUUAAACCAUUUGUACCUACACGAGCAUGUGGGUGGCUUUUAGUCUGAUUUUUGCAAAGCCAGCACGGAUUGAAGAGAAGACAUUAAGGCAAUCCAAUCCAGUUACUGCAGCAUGCAUUAUUCAUGAGGUAAUAAAUUAGAUCAACUGUUAUAUUCACUCAACGUCAGAGAAAAUGUGAAAGGGAGUAGCGAGCGUUAGAGCCUGUGCAGGUGCGUGUGUUAGUCACAUUCAAGUCUCCUUAUUGUGUGUUUGUCAUGUGCAAGCGGUGACCAUGGAGACGGAGCUCUGGGAGGAGUACUCACGUUAUUAUGGUGAUGAGAAAACCAUCAGAUCACCCACCAGAGCGCCACCAUAGCCAUAGACCCACGUUUCACCCAAACAUCACACCAACCAAACAUAAUUACAAGUAUUAUUCAUGCAUUGAUAAUGUCGUACGCUGCACAUUGAUGCUAUGAACAGGGUGUGUGAAUCAGACUCUAUAAAUCACUCUGAAAUUAGCAUAUUUCUGAUACAAAAGCGGGUAUGAAAAGCCUGUAUUUGUUUUUGUUUUGUUUUAUCACACUAAAAAUGAUACAAUUCUCCAUUCAGACGUUCCUCUUUUGUUCAGGUCAUAAAUCAAUACUGUUUUGUUCUGUCAACACACACACACACACACACACACACACUGUACACACACUGUAUUCCUCAGUCUUUUGUUCACUGAAUUGUAGAUAUAUAACUCGAUGUAGCUUUAAGAGGCAAUCUCUCCACAGCAUCAAAGCUAAGGAGAGAAUCAAUAAAAGCAGAGAGGCUCAUUCAUCAGAAAGCACCUCACUGAGAAUGGGGGCCAGCAGGCAGCAGACGCGUGAAAACGCAUUGCUGGUUAAAGAACUGGGCUAUUCUCUAUUUCUGACACAGAUUACAUGCCCAGCAGCUACACAGUGUCAUACAUUCUUUCAGCAUUUUAAACAGGUCUCUUUUUCACAAUAUAUCAAAGCCAUGACAUGUGAGUGCAGUCAGGAGGGAUGAGAUGUUCUGGUGUUUUGUGGUGAGAACAGAAAGUCUUUGUCCAGAGUUUGCUGAGGCAGAUAAUCAGGGCUGUAUUAUCAUCUUCACAAUGAUCUCUGGUCAAUUAGGAACUGAGUGACCCAACACUGGAGAGGAAGAGAGCGUCAGUAUUUCCAGUCUGCUUCCAUCGAGUCUGCCACAUCCUUUAGACUGAGCUGUUCUCUUUAGGGGAAGUUAUUCAGCUGCUGGAACAACUUACUUCCUCUUUGCACGUUAAAUCAUAAAUCCUAUUCAGACAGAGAGAGAGGGAGACUUCCUACAGUUUUUGUUUCCACCCUACAAUAGUUUCCUAGAUGGCAGAUCCAGGCGCAAAAACAGGAUGGGGGAAAUAAAUCUUUACAGGUCACAGAGACUUCUUCCUUCAGUGCUGAGCUGGAAAAAACAGGAUAGGUACUGUAGAGGUAAACGGAGUUCAGUUUUCUUAUCACUGCAUAUGCAAAGACAGAAAAAAAGAAUGAAGAUAACUGGUUUAUUGUAUCAUUGUUUAUGCAAUGGCUUUGAUUUGAAUCUGUCAAACCACAUAAUGUAGCACACACAUAUUAUAAAACAACAAAGCCCAGCUGGCAUUCUAAUGUUUAUUCAAUGUCAA